AUGAUUUGGCUGAUAUACUUGACUGAUUCACUCAAUGCGGAUAUAGCUGCCAACCUGAAUGCAAAUGUGCUCCAGGCAAGUGCGAGUGCGGAUCAUGCCCUAACUCCAACAAGAACAAGGAUAAGGCUCGCGGAUGCGCUCAAACCUGUACUUGCCCACCUGGUCAAUGUACCUGCGCCAACUGUCCCGCCAAGGCCAAGAAGGAAGAAUCGAAAGGUUGCUCAUGUGGAGACUCGUGCAGCUGUCCUCCAGGUAAAUGUACCUGCGAUGACUGUCCUUCCAGCUCUAGGUAGAUGA